GCCUUCACGGCCAAAAUAACUGUCAUUUAUCUUCAUCUUCUUCUUGUACGGAAACAAACUUUGUAUAUACCAAGCACUACACUAUCUAGGGUGAAUCACACGCCGUCUAAGCCUCAGCAAAGCUACGAUAUCCUGCCCACAUUGACGACGACCCUUCUGCGCCACAACCAUACGUCUCCUGCCCCCCGCAGCAUAUACGGCACACGCAGCAGCUCAUUAACCCACCUCUCGGUCUCGCCGUGACGACAGCUCCACAUCAGCUACAAGUACAGAUAGAUACCUUGCACUCGGUUCCUACAGAGCAAUCGACCUACGGACCUACAAAAGCAAUCACUCCCCGCAGCACCUGCCUGCUCCUACAUCAGUCAAAUCACCAAAGAUCUACGCACACGUCUCUGAGAUACCCAAAGUUCGCACUGCAUCGUUACUGUUUGCCUUCUGUCAUUGAUACCCCUCAACACCCGUCUCAACCCAACCAACCAGCCGAUCUCACCGGUAUAACAUCUUGUCGAUAGACCGAUUCGCCAUAAUGUCAGGCACAAACCCCGAGAAGCCUCCCAUCCAGCCGGAGCAACAGCUCUACCCCCAUCCCACCGGCGACAACACCUAUCAGCAGCAACAUCAACAGCAGCAGCAACCGCCCCAGUACACCUCCGGCGCGACGCAAUACAACCCCGACCAGAAGAGCGAGCUUCCCGGCGGACACGGCGCCCAAACUCAGCAAUUUCCCCCUCCGCCCCCUGGCCCGCCUCCUGCGAACCAGCCGCAGUUCACCCACGCUCCUCAACCGCAACAGCAAUACAACCAGACACCGCAGCAGUCGCAACAGCAGUACCAGGCUCCUCCCCAGGGCCAACAUGUCCCCGGCCAGCACACCGAAGGCGUCCUCCCCGGCGCGAAUCCCAGCGACUACGGCGCUGGCCGCCACUACUCCCAGUUCGACGGCCCUCAGGGCAACACAGCACCGGGUCACGUUCAAGGAGGUCCCUACGUAGACCCGGCCGCCGCCCAUGCCGCCUACAUCGCACCCACCGGAGCCGCGCUUGACCCCUCUGCCCAGCACAAGGAGAAGAAGGGAUGGGGCGAGCGCCUCUCCCAGAUCGGCAUGAAGGCCGCCGUCCCCAUCAACGCUCUGGCCAACAAGAUGGGCUCGCAGAGCUUCUUGCCCACCACCAUGGACAAGGAGUGCGAGAAGGCCGCCAAGAUCGUGAGGAGCUUCUGCAAGGAGGGCAUCACGUCCGAGGUGCCCGCUCAGGCGCAGGCUUCGGAGCAUCUUGAGCCCGGCAAGCACGCCGACGGCCAUGGCUCGCGCCCUACGACGCCGGGCAAGGAAAAGGUCCGUAAAGAGCACAAGGCCAUCGUUAAGAUCCCCUCAAAGGUCAUCAACAAGGCGGUCGGCUUGGCCGUCUUUACCACCGCCCGGGUUGGCUUUAACUUCUCCGGCGCCACCGGCUCCGGCGUCCUCAUCGCCCGUCUCCCCGACGGGUCCUGGAGCCCGCCAUCCGGCAUCCAAGUCCAUGCCCUAGGCGCCGGCUUCAUGAUCGGCAUCGACAUCUACGACUGCGUUUGCGUCAUUAACAGCCGCGAAGCCCUCGCCGCCUUCAUGAGCACCCGCGUCUCCCUAGGACCCGACGUUGCUGUUGUCGCUGGCCCCUACGGCGCCGGCGGCGUCUUGGACGUUGGUGCCUCGUUUGGUGGCAAGAACCCCGAGGACAAGAAGACGGCCGAGCAGGCAGACGCCGGCAGGCCGGUCGAUGACGGCAAGUUGAGGCCGGAUGAGAAGAACAAGCGCAGAAGCAGCAGCUCCUCCAUCAAGCCCGUCUUCUCCUACGUCAAGUCCCGCGGCUUCUACGCGGGCAUCCAGGUUGACGGUACCGUUGUUACGGAGAGGAAAGACGCCAACGCUGCCUUUUACGGCCAGAAGGUCACGGUCGACCAGAUCGUCCGGGGCCAGGUCCCUCCUCAAGGCCCUGGCGGCUUGUGGCCCACGGGUGCGCAAGCCCUAUACGAGGCCCUCCGCAUCGCCGAGCAGCAGAAGCCUCUCCCCGAGGUCCACCUUCCUCAAGCGAUCCCCGGCCAGGUUCCUCCCCAAGGCUCUAUCCCUCAGCAGCAGCAACAGUACGGCGGUCAACAGGCCCAGUACGGCACUCAGCAGCCCCAGCAGUCUCAGUAUGGUCAGCAGCAGUCCCAGCACGGCCAGCCCCAGUACGGCCAGCCCCAGUACGGCCAGCCUCAGUAUACAAACUCGGAGGGCGGUCCUCUUGGAUCGCACCCGCCCGGCCAGGGCCCCACUGCUUCCGGAGCGCUGAACCGCGAGGAACAGCUCCCGGGCUACGUCGACGAUGGUGUGGCGCGCCCCGGCGUUGGCGACCACAAGGGCCACUACCAGUAAACGAACAAGCAUGACGUUGCUUUGACCUCUUGGUUGCAUAGGAAUUUUACUCUGGGCUGAAGGUUAUAUAUAUAUCCCCGGGGGGCGUGGCGUGGCGUUGUGGCAUUGCUUUGUGGCAUUUUGCCAAUAGCUGAGAUAGCCCAAAUGGAAUUCCCAUCAAAAAACAUAA